GCCGUCUGGGUAGGACGUCCGACGGCCAUAUUGUCUUCCCUGCUGCUGGUGGCUGAAGGAGAGAGAAGUGAUCAUGAAAGGGAUUCGCAACAUUAGUUACCUCUCUAGACGGUUAUAUGCAGUCAAGAGCAAUCCUCCUUUGAGUGAACCGCUCAGUGGCUUCAAGGCCCCUCCAUGUGCAAGCCGUCCUGCGCAAGCUGUCCACAUCACCAAGCUGCCCAAUGGGCUGGUUAUUGCCUCUUUGGAGAACUACUCUCCUUCCUCCAAGAUUGGUCUGUUUGUGAGGGCAGGCAGCAGGUACGAGAACGUGGGCAACCUCGGAGUCACUCAUCUCCUCCGGCUUGCAGCAAACCUGACUACAAAAGGAGCCUCUGCAUUUAGGAUCACUCGAGGUGUUGAAGCUGUUGGUGGUGGUCUGAGUGUGUCCUCUACCAAAGAGAAUAUGGUUUACUCUGUGGAAUGCAUGCGUGAUUAUGUUGACACAGUAAUGGAGUACCUGAUCAAUGUAACCACUGCACCUGAAUUCAGGCAUUGGGAGGUGGCUGACCUCACACCCAGGAUAAAUGUGGACAAAGCACUUGCUUUCCAGAACCCUCAGAUCGGUGUUCUUGAAAAUCUGCACACGGCUGCCUAUAAAAGUGCCCUCUGCAACACCCUCUACUGUCCAGAUUAUAUGGUUGGCAAGAUCACUUCAGAGCAGCUGCAUGCGUUUGUCCAAAACAAUUUUACAAGUGCAAGAAUGGCAUUGGUUGGACUUGGGGUUGACCAUGCUGUUCUGAAGCAAGUGGGAGAGCACUUCCUCAAUAUCAGGAGUGGACAUGGUGCUGCUGGAGCCAAGGCAGUCUAUCGUGGGGGUGAGGUCAGAGAGCAGAAUGCAGACAGUCUGGUCCACGCUGCUGUUGUAGCCGAGGGGGCAGCAGUAGGAAGUGCUGAGGCCAACGCGUUUGCUGUCCUUCAGCACGUGCUGGGGGCUGGGCCUUACAUCAAGAGGGGGACCAACGUGACAAGCAAGCUCAGCCAGGGAGUAGCCAAGGCCACAACCCAGCCAUUUGACAUCACAGCAUUCAACGCGAGCUACUCUGAUUCUGGACUGUUCGGUUUUUACACGAUUUCCCAGGCGGGUGUAGCUGGUGAUGUCAUCAAGACAGCCAUGGCCCAGAUCAAAGCAGUUGCACAGGGAGGUGUCACUGCAGCUGAUAUGACAAGAGCAAAGAACCAACUGAAGGCUAGAUAUCUGAUGUCAAUGGAAAGCACUGAAGGGCUGUUGGAUGAGAUUGGUGCCCAAGCGCUUGCAAGUGGCACUUGUGUACAGCCAGAGUCUGCAGCUCAGAAAAUUGAUUCUGUGUCUGCCGAUGAUAUUGUAAAUGCUGCCAAGAAGUUUGUUGCCGGCAAGAAGUCUAUGGCAGCAAGUGGGAACUUGGGAAACACACCCUUUGUGGAUGAAUUAUAAAAUAUAGACAAGAGUGUUUUAUUUAAAACCUAAAGGAAAGUGCUGCUGAUUUCAAGAAUAUUUGAAUGGCCCCAAUUCAAGUGAAUAUUCUGUCCACACAACUUACUGGGUUCAUUUCUCUGGUUAAUAUUUAUCGUUUAGAAGAAUGCUUUCAUAAUAAGUGUCAGGCUAAAAAGAUUUUACUUUUGCCAGUUCCCUGUAUAUCAGAUGUAAAUUCAUUAAAGCCUCUCUGUCUGGA